AUGCCGAGAAUAUCAGAUCAAUCCGCAAACCAAACUCAAUCCACCUCGCACAAUAACCUCAGCAUCCUGCGUCGCAAAAGGGGAAAUAUAAUCGGGCACAUCACUACACUCGCUCGGUUCAUUGACAACUUGCAACAAUCUGAACAACGCGACAUCGGUCUUCUACGCGCGCAUAUAGACAGUUUAAAGGAUGUGUGGGCCCGGUUCGACGAUAUUCAAUUUGACAUAGAGGCAAUAGACGAAUCAGAAACUGCACGUCGAUACGAAAUUCACAAUGAUUACGUAACCGUCGUUGCACGAGCCAACUCACUCAUCGAGGGAGAAAACGCGAUCAUCCCGUCUCGACGCAGCACAACAGAUUCACCCGCGUCGUCCGUAUCAGCCCCGAUGGCCAUAAAACUACCAGAGAUGCGUUUGCCGACAUUCGACGGGAGAGUCGAGAACUGGACCACUUACUUCGAUAGUUUUGUAUCCAUGAUCGAUCAGAAUGCAGAUCUAACACCCGUGCAAAAACUUCAGUACCUGCGUUCAACCCUCACCGGAAAGGCCGCCGCAUGCAUUCGGUCACUAAGCACAACGGACGCCAAUUAUGCCGACGCGAUCGAUUUAUUAAAAAACAAAUUUGAAUGCAAACGCCGAGCCCUCUUGAAGCAUUGCGACGCGAUACAAGCCAUCCCGAAAUUAUCAGCAGAUUCUCCGGAAGCAUUAGGGGAUUUAGUCGACACUGUGCGUCAAAACCUUCGCUCGCUGAAAAAUCUAGGAAUUGACACGUCAUCAUGGGAUUGUAUUAUAAUAUCCAUCGUAUUGUCGAAAAUAAACUCAGACACGGCCUGGCAUUGGGAACUGUCAUUAAAAGACAAGCAAAUGCCACCGUGCACACAUCUAUUAGACUUUCUCGAAAAACGCGCGAAUUGUAAGCCGGCAACUCAGAAAAAAUCGUCGACAUCACCCGGACAAUCUAGUCGACACAGGUCCACUAAAUCAAUUAAUCCGCGGUACCCGAUGCGCAGUCACGCGUUUGUAACCGCGACCAAUUCAAAGGAUUCCCAAGACCAUCGCAAACCGUAUACCGCACCUGCCGCGCCCGCGAACUUCUCGAAAUGUCCGGUUUGUCAAGAAGUACACGCCAUUUGGCGAUGCGAGAAAUUCCACGCGCUAUCAGUAGAAGCAAGAACAGCGAUUAUAAGACGAACCUCGUUAUGCCCAAAUUGCCUAAGACAAGAUCACAAUUCCGAAACAUGUAAAAGGAUGUUAUGCCGAAUCUGCAAUAAAUACCACCACACGCUGCUUCAUCAAUCAAGACAACUGUCCAACCGCGCAGCUCCACCACCCCCCAAACGCGCAAGAACCACAGACUCGCAGAUAUUAAAGAUCGAUUGA